AUUUCGUAAGCAAGUGAACUGCACACAACAGCUGCUGCAGAUACAGGAAUAGCCUGCACGAAAAAGCUCGCUAUUUCUAACAGAGCACAAAAGCUUAUUAACAGAGUGUUAACAGUCUCCCGGUUCUAGCCGGUUGACAAAAAGAAGAAGAAGACGAAUUCACAGCAAAAUCAUAGAAAAAUCAGAGCAAAAUCAGAGCAAAAGGAAGAAGAAGAACAGACGCCGGACUGGGGGUGGGGGUGGAACAGCUGUUCGUCUGAAACGGCAUCUGGACACAGGCGUCUUCAGGAUUCUGGCGUCUGGUGCGUGGAAAGACCGUGGAGAACGUGCGGGAGCCGUGGGUAAUGGGGCCUGCUCCACCGCCUGUACCUGUGCCUGCCGCCUUCCUGCUGUUCUCUCGACCGAGAACAGCGACGGGAACGGAACCACGACGACGAGCGAUACCCUUCAAGGAUGUGGGCGAUGCGCACGCCCUGGACGUGUCGGUGGCGGAGAGGCGCAUCUACUGGACUGACCAGAAGACCAAGUGCAUCUUCCGGGCCUUUCUCAAUGGCUCCUAUGUGCAGCAGAUCGUGGACUCGGGUCUGAUUGGGCCGGACGGCAUCCGAUGGUCCGAUGCGGAGGUUCGUCUCAUCGAGGUCGCCCGCCUGGAUGGCAGCAGUCGGCGCGUGCUCUUGUGGAAGGAGGUGGAGGAGCCCCGGUCCCUGGUCCUCGAGCCGCGCCGCGGCUACAUGUACUGGACAGAGUCGCCUUCGGACUCCAUACGGCGUGCCACGAUGGACGGAUCCGAGCUGCAAACCAUCGUGGCGGGAGCCAACUAUGCGGCCGGGCUCACAUUCGACCAGGAGAGGAGUCGCCUCUACUGGGCCACCCAGUCGCGGCCAACGAAGAUAGAGAGCGCCGACUGGGGACUACGACUGGAACACCGGCGACAUUGAGCGGGUGCACAAGACGACGGGCGAGAACCGCAGCCUCGUCCACUCGGGCAUGACUUACAUCACUUCGCUGCUUGUGUGCAACGACAAGCGACAGGUG